AUGUACUACGAUUUCCCGAUCCACGAGGGGACCCUGCUGUCCUCCGGCUACGAGGUGCAGGCCUUUCUCGGGGAGGGCAGCUUUGGUAAGGUGGCCAUGUGUAUGGACAAUGUAACCAACACAAAUAAGGCCGUUAAAAUAUCCAAGGAUGGACCCCUUCUCUUUGAGCGAGCACUGGAAGAGAUUAAAAUUCUCCAGAAGCUGCAGACUCUCGAUGCAGAUAAAUGCAGUCUGGUGAAAUGGUAUGGCUCGUUCUACCAUGAAAAGUUAAUUUGUUUGGAGUUUGAGCUCCUGGACCUGAGUCUCUAUGAGUACAUGCUGCAGAGAAAACACAACGCUCUGCCCAUAGCUGAGAUCCGUCCAGUUUUACGUCAACUGACAACAGCACUGCUCCACCUUGAGGCCCUGGAAAUAAUCCACGCUGAUAUAAAGCCUGAGAAUAUUAUGGUGGUGAACCGCUGGCAGCAUCCGCUUCAGGUCAAACUCAUUGACUUCGGCCUGGCUCGCCACGUGUCCGAGGCCGUUCCAGGGACCGCUGUUCAGAGUCUGUGGUACAGGGCACCAGAGGUCCUCCUGGGCAUGGACUUCAGUGAACAGAUUGACAUGUGGUCUCUCGGUGCUGUGGCUGCGGAAAUAGCAGCAGGCUUUGGACUGUUCCCCAUGGACCACGAAUAUGACGCGCUUAAACUCAUUGUGGACUUGGUGGGUCAGCCUCCAGAUGUUCUAUUGAACUGUGGACAAAAAAGCAGCUUCUACUUUAACAUUAAGGGGAGCUACAACCAGCAAACAUGGAGACUUAAGACUCCAUGGGAGUUUGCAGUACAGACCGGGCAUCACUUCAGAGGAAACCAAUGUUUCCACCUUAGGUCUCUUGAUGACCUGGUGGAGGUGAUACCUUACAGACACAUGGCCAAGAGAGAGAAGUUGCUGAACUUUGUGGACCUCUUGAAAAAGAUGCUGUUUCCGGACAAGUGCGGACGGAUUAUUCCCCUCACAGUCCUGGAGCAUCCGUUCUUCGCUGUGGAGCAGGACCCUGAACUUUUACAGAACGUCCAAAGUGUUGUGUUCAAGGCCAUGACUCCUGCCGAGCACACAGUCUCUGCUCAGCCAGAGGAUGAAGCUGCUCACAUGGAGCCUGGUCAUCAAAGUGACCAGCGGCGAAAGAAAGGGCAGAGUCAGGAGAUUCCUGAAGAGCAUCAGAAACGCUCUCUUCUCCCGUGUCCGCUGUGA